CUAUAAUUAUUAUGUAACAGUUCAGUCAUUCCCAGAGUUGAUUGAGCAAAUUACACUUCUUGUAAAAUGCUUUAAAUCGAUUCGGGGAGUGAUUUUUAAUCUGCAUGCAAAGCACUACUUAAUGAAAUAUGGAAGCGAUUGCAAAAGCAAUAUUGAGUUUAAACUUCGAUCCAAAGUCGGAUGAAGGGAGAGUCCUGCUGGCUCAGCUGGUAGAAGCCACUGCAGGCAAAGAGGACACAACAUGUUUGAUUGGCCCCGUCAUGAAAUUGUUGCCAAACGUCGAUCUCUCGGUAAAAAAGGCUGUCCAUCAUAUUCUUCCUAGAGUGUGUAAAAAUCAUCCACAAGCUGCUGUUCUCGCAGUCAACACGGUUCUCCACGACUGCUCCGAUCCAAAUCCUGAAAUCAAGUGCUUAGGGAUAACUACCCUCUGCGCGAUUCCAGAAUUCGUGGAGCACGUCCCUGGAGCUGUUCAUGCAUCGCUUUCCGAUUCGCACCCGAAAGUCCGCCUGGCAGCCGUCAACGGGUGCAAAUCUUUGCACAGCCACACCCCGCAAGCUGCCUCCGAACAGGGCCUCAUUAACAUUCUCUACUCUCUCGUCCGAGACUCUGACCCACGAGUGUCAACGGCAGCGAUUUUGGCACUGGAUUUUCUGUUGGCCGAGGAGGGCGGCAUAAUCGUGACCAAGGCGAUGGCAAAGCACCUUUUAAGGAGGCUGGAGCAUUAUCCUCCUGUCCAGCUGGCGUCCGUCCUGCAGGCAGUUGCCAAGUACAAGCCCAAAGAAGAAGACGAGGUCUUUGAAGAGCUUUCCCUGAUCGACCCGUAUUUGGUUCACUCGCAAUGCCCUGCUGUCAACGUGAACUGCAUCAAUCUGUUCUUGGACUUGAUCGAGGACAAUUACGCCCAUUUGAUCGACCAACUUGUGGAAAGGUCUAGCCCAGGAUUGAUCGCGUACUUGUCCAGUGCUGCCGAGUCGACAGCCUCGACCGUCCUCAAAUUUUUGCUCUCUGAAAGAGGGAAAGCCUGGCUGAAAAACUUGCCGACGACCGACCUGAUGCCGAGAAUUGCGGAGUCGCCUUCAGUGAAGGUUAAAAAACUGUCGCUCAUCGCAAUCACCUGCAAGGAAACGGAGGCGGAUGAUAUUUUGGCUGCUGUCACCCCUUUCUGCUAUGAUAAAAGCUGUGGCUCUCAGGCUGUGCGUUGCAUCUGCAAAAUCAGAUCAAACUUGGAGGCGACCUCAAGCAAGUGCCUGGCCGUUCUUCUUCAACUCUUAGAAACCAGCGAUCCAGACUUGCUCAGGAAUUGCUUGGUCGGACUAGAAACAUUCAGCAUGGAAGGCAUUCCAAGGUCUGAAAUAUCGGCCCUUCUCGAGAAGGUUGUGGACAGAAUCGAUCUGUUCAAGCCAGAAACCAUUCCGGCGGUUGCACCUCAUCUUUUAGGAUUGUACGGAGAACUUCUUCCAACUGCGCCCUACGUUUUGGAGCACUUAGUCAACAAUUACAACCAGCUUCAAUUUGAUACAAAAAUGUUUUUGCUCGUGGGCACCGUGAGACUCUUCCUGAAGGACCCUGGUGAGUGCCAGCUGACCCUGGGCCGCCUCUUUCAAAGCUGCAUCAGUGACUGUGAUAACGCGUUGCUCUCUGAAAAAGCGCUGAGGUACUACAAAAUAUUGUGCCACGACCAGGAAUUGAUGAAAACCAUUCUCGGCGUAACGUAGACCAAAUUUAUUUAAAAUAAAACAAAACUCUUAUUUACAUGAUGCAAUUUCCUCUACUUUUAAAGUAGUUUUUCAAGUCUUCUUGCGCGCCCUGCAUGGUUUGAGUCAAAAGCGCUUUGCUGCCGCUGUUGCUUAAAGUAUUAAUCACCUUGAGGAAUAUAUUGACGUUGCUGUCGGUUACUGGCAUCUCGUUAUCCGCGCACGCGAAAGUCGCGGUUAUCAUCUGAUCGUACAGGCUCUUGAUUUUCUUGUCUUUCGAAAGGCUGAACUGAGGGUGGAUCGGCAGCGUUUGCACGAGUCCCCAAUUAUUUUCGCACGCCUCGCACGUGCACCUGAAGUGGUAAUGGUCGAGCAGGUAACUCUGCCGCUCUGCUUUCACGUCAAAUGCAAAGUGUUCUUUGUACGAGUCAAAAAUUUGCUCCCCUUUCCUAAUGUGCCUGAUUGCUUGGAUCACGUUUGCGGUUCCGUAAUUGGUGCGGAAGACGUUUGGAUUGCAUGAGUGGUUGCACAGGGACGAGCAGGAGAAAAUGCCGCCUCCGACCACCUCGUAACGCACCCUGUUGGGCCCACCCAAGUGCGUGUGCGUGAUUUCGUGAGCGUUGUUUUUCAGCGCUACCAAGUUUUUCAAGCAAUAAGCCGCCAGUUUGCUUUCUAAAACCGGGUCGUUAACGUUGAAACAUUUAACCAGUUUGAUGGAAAUGGUGCAAGCCGCGUAAACCAUUAGUAAAGGGAGCUGCUCAAGGUUUGUCACGAGGUUAAAAAUCGAUUCGAAUGCGUCAGACUUGUAAAUGCCAUCAGCGCUAAAUCCGUUGGUCCUCGCAUCACGAUUCUCUUCGGUAGACUUGCUCAAGAAAUCCAACACGUUUUUCAGUCCGAACGUAGAAACAAUUCGAAUGAAAUGACAGCUCCGCUGCAGAUUCAUUUCGUCAAUCACUUUGAAACACUUGCUGGAAACGGCGCACUCUUCCUUGUGAUAUUUUUCAUAGGCAAUCUCUUGGCACUUUUCGCUGCAGAACAGAGCCUGGAAUUUGAAUUUAGAAAUGAUUCCGCACCAAUUAAUUAAUUGAUCUAGUUUACCCAGUCGCAGUUUUCACAUGGAACCAGCGAGUAGCUUCUCCUCAUGCAGUGGCUGCAAUGAGUAGUAAUGCACUCGGGAGCCAGAACUGCAGCGUACGGUUGUUCAACCAGCACAUAAUCACCUGGAAAUAAAUAAACAAUUAACAGUCGUAACAUAUCGUAAAAAUCAAGGGUCGAUGCGUCCUCAGAUUUGGACGCAAUUUGCUGGAGGGGUUGAACUAGUAAUCCUAUAUAUAUGCACCCAUAUAUAUGCAGCCAAAAUUCCAAAAAUUGACUAUUUUACAGGAGCACAAAGUUUGCAGUUUUUGACCACCAAAAUGUAGAUCGAUUUUAUUUUAAUUUUGAAAAUCCAAAAUAGUCAAAAUGUGGCUCAAACACGUGGUAAAUAUAUACCAAAAAUAAAAUUCAAUAUAUUUUUGGAAUUUUUUGAGAAAUUCGUUAUCAAAUUUGAAAAAAAACCCUGCAAAUCAAGAUUGUUUAUAAAGGGCAUGUUUAGAGCAGAUUUCGAGCAAAUUUGACCCCAAUUUGAUUGAAAAUAAUUAAUUUUCACUAUUUUUAAGUCAUGAUUAGGGGGUUGAGGCCAACUUCCUGACCCCGGGGGUGGAAGCAUGGAGUUGGCAAAAAUUUUGCUAUUCUGUUUUUGAUCUCCGCCUUGCCUAAUUUUUAAAUUUUACAAAUUAGUUGAAAAUUUCCACUUCUUCCAACUGCGGGGUCUUUUUCACCAAUUCGUUUUAACAUGUAUCUCACUAUUAAAGAGGAUUGAUGCUGCAAGAUCCUUAAAAAUUAAUGCAUGUUGCAUUUUAUCAUUAAAUUUUGAGAAAAGUGGCUGCAAAGUUAGCAUGCCUUUCAAAUGGCGAGGACUCACCUUAUUUGAAAUCCUAUUUUAUUUCAAAACAAAGAGAUCCCUAAAAAGUUUCGAGAGAUCUCGAGGAGAGGAAUCGAAAUCUGCUAAGAUAAUGUGGUCUAGCGCUGCAAAUUUUGGAAAAUUUAAAUUUUUACUCUAGAAAAUUCCUCUUUUGAUUUUUUGCAAAUUGUUUAUAGAUCAACUGCUUAUUGCAUCCAGCAAUUCAAAUAAUUUUCAAUUCUCGCCCUGAAGCAAUCCACUUUGCGCGAACAAGGAAUGUUUUAAAGGUUAAUUUUUACCUGCUUGGAUGUCUCUGGCAGCUGUCAAAUGCCUGCCGAAAUUUGCGUCGUGCGAUAUGGACACCGCAUUUGACAAACUUGGCGCCUCCUUGUUCUUGCCGUAGCUCAGGAGCGGUGGGUCAGGAUAAAUUUCGACGAGACGCCUCGCUUUGGGCUCCAAGCUCUCAUUGAACUCUUUUUCAACGCUCGAAGACAGCUGCGUUUUCUUCUCUUCGGGCAGUUUGAGUUCCUUGAUGCAACUCUUUGCCUUUUCCAAACUGGCCUUUGCCGCGUUCAGAUUUUUGAGUUCCUUGUGGCACUUGGCCUGUCGGACGAACAGUUUGAACGUCAGCAUUUGCGGGUAGUCGUUUUGCACGGCUCUUUGCACGUCUUGAAUGCACUCUUGGUAAUAGCCCAUGAGCUCGAGGACGGCGCUGCGGUUUGCGUAAGCUUGUCCGCACGCGCUCGAACCCUUGGGAGCCCAAACGACGCUCCUCGUGUAAAACUCGACAGCCUUGUGGUACUUCCGCAGAUUCAGCAAGUCGUUUCCCAGCUUGCGGAAGGUUUCCGCCUGCGCCAGUUUGUCCUUGCCGGACGCGGCGGCGAGCAGCUUUUCGAACUCCUGGCCGAUCUCCUCCCCGGCGAUAUCUUGGCAUAUUUCGAUGAACCGCUGAUAACUCACGUUUUGCUGCUUGCCUCCCGUUGCCACCUGGCGCUCAAACAAUUUGAAAUCUUCCUCUUUUAAGUUCAUUUCGGCCCGAAUAAAUGUAUGCUGGCGGGUGUGUAUCAAGCGCGAGUUAAAAAUAGGUGCUGCUCGAUGCCCUGUCUCGUAUUAAAGAAUAAAGAGCCGCAGAGGAUAUCAAGCAGUGAGCGAGCCGCUGCAGAAGCUAAAUAUAAAUAAGAGCAGGCGUAUUCAAGCGCAAGCAUACGCGCGCUUUCAGUUUUCAAAACAUCAACUUAUGCUGCAAUCUCUGCGAGAAAUAAAAUAAAACACAUUUUUGGAAUGCUAAAUAUCAAUAUUUUUUAUUUACAAACCAAAAUCACAAUAUCUGAGGCUAAAUUCCUCAAACUCAUACAGCGAGAGAGAGGUACUCCGCUACAAAAAUUCUCAAAAUCUUGUUCAAAUUCGCAAUGGUGUCAAAGUCGAGAGCAGAAUAGUUGUCUCCAUUCUUGUGCCACACCGAAGGGAAAGGAGACGGUAUCAGGUGCAGAAUAGGAACACCUUCAAUAAAAUUGUUAGUUUUAUUUCCUUAUUCCCUUUGCACUGCAGCCUUACCUCUCUUCAAAAAGGGAAUAUGAUCGUCUUCAAUGCCAGCGUAAACGGACUGGGAGUUGAAGUAGCGGUGCUUGGGAUAGCCGUCAAAGCCGUAUCUGUACUGGUCGAGCAGUCUCAUGUUAGCCAGUUUGUCCUCAGCGUUGACAAGCCGCUUGUACCAGCGGUCGGUGUCUUUAAAGUAGUUGUAGAAGCUUGGAAACUCCACCCCAAUCAGAUCGAGCAGCAGCAACAUGUCCUAAAUCGUAAUUUGAUCAGUUAGUUAUUGGCCACGACGUUAUUUGGCGAGUAAUUAGCACCAUUCGGUCCAAAUGCGUUGUUCCUUCACGGUUGUUUGGUGGGUAAGCUGUUCUCUGCAAUUUCCUGGCCAGGUUCUUGGCGCCGUAGAUGGAGUCGGUUGGUCCCCAGACGUUGAACGCCUCUUCUCCGUCGAAGAAAAUAAAUUUAAGACUAACAUCACUCUGCAAAGAAACAAGAGGAGCUUGGUUAAUUCAAGAAAUAUUUUAAAUAAACCUUUUUAACUCCGAGCAGUUUCUUUUUUCUACUUGCCCUUUUCCCCCUUAAUUUCAAAGAACGUUCCACCUGACGUGGAUGACAAUUAAGUAAUUGCUAUUAAAUUAAGGAAUAAUACCUGCGCCGCAGCGUUUUUCUUCAAGUACUGGUCGAGGGCAGCCGCCAAAUGCAGCAUCAUCGCACACGGAACGGCGGAAUCGGUCGCUCCGAUGAAACUGCCCUCUCUAGUGUAUUUGGAAUCGUAGUGACAGGCUAGGGUCAAGAAUCGGUCGGCCUGAGGGUUCAAGCGGGCCACGACGUUGCCGAACUUGAGACGUCCAAUCGGCGUGUUGGCGCUGAAGGCGUCUUCCUCCACUUGCCAGCCCAGAUUUUGCAUCGUGUCCAUUAGGUACUGCGAAAGAAUCAACAUUUUUAACAAAGGCUGUAAAUUAAUUUCACUUUUAUCACCUUUUUAACUUUUUCGUGGUUUUCGGUGCCGACAACUCUGGGAACCAUGAUUGGAUCCAGCAGUGCCUUGAAAUUGGCGUUGUUUUCCAUGUCGGAAAUUUUUUUGAUUUGUUCAUCAGUCAUGGGUGUGCCUGCAUGAUUUUGCUAAAAACAAAAAUUUCAAAUUAAAAAUCAUUUUGUAUAAAAUAAAAUUUGUCUUCUUACUCGAGCUUGCUUCAAGUUGAUUGCCCCUGCACUUUGACCCAGUAAGCAGGAGGAAAUGAAAAGUACUCCGUAGAUUGUUUUCAUUUUCGGUCUUCUUCUACGCUAACAUGAAGGCUUAGACGGAGUGAAAGGUUGCCAAAAAUUUUACCGCGAGGCUGGAUUUAACGAGGCCAAGUUGCUGCUGUAGCUGCUCGCAUCCUGCGAAAA